GCUGUUAAUGCCUAGCGACGCUCCUGGUGACGCUACCCGAAAACUACAUGUUAAUUUUUCCAUACGGACUUUUCCAACAUAUCUAAGUAUCCUUUGGAAAUUAAUGUAAAAACACAAUGGAUAGUAAACUAGAAGAUGAUGUGUUGGAUCUCAGAGCUUUCGAGCUUGUUAAGAGUGUAUUAGACAGCACAGUGACCCGCGCGCCACAACCGGACAGCAAACAGCUCGAACCCGAGAUCAGGAACAUCGACUGGGUCGCUUGUAAAGACUUUACAAUCAGUGUAGGAAAAACAAAAAUUGAGGAAUACAUCGGUACCUGGGAGGUGGACCCGAGAUGGUUGUUCUGUGUCAAGUUCCUACAGCAAAGAGAACUGGAGUUUGAGAAACAGUUCCUCUAUAAGGCACUGUGGAGCAUGCCGACCCGCCGCUGCCCUAUACCUAAGAGCACAGCGUCUGUUUACUUCACCGUCAGCAUCUCCAAAACCAAAUCACACACCAUGCCUGUGCUAGUCACAUUUCAGGUAGAAGCCAGUAACACGGUGCAUGCUCCGGGAAAAACCAGAUUCCGUGAAGAAUGGCUGAAGGACGUGAUUGAAAGCAAGGCACUGCUGAUGGACACCAUCACAUUUUAACAGUGCAAUGUCAGCCUGGGUUUAAUAAAUAAAAGAUAAGCAUGUGUUUGAUAUGAAACAACAUUUUCAUUUAAUUAGACUGUGCUUGUAUAAAACCUAUAAUUUAUUUAAAUAAAUAUAAUUACACAGACAUUUGCUUUUUCACACAUUACUCUGCUGCUAUGUCUGUGUUCAAGUUUCAAUUUAAAAAAAUGCAUAUACAUAGAGUUUGCAUAAAAUCAUGCAGAUAUUUUCCAGCAGGUAAUGUACACCUGUCGACAGAAAAGCUCCAUUUACUCAAAUACGCACUCUUUAUAAC